CCAGGAGGACUGUGGGAACUAGAGGGGAGAGACAGGGAUGUGGGGGUGUGGCGUGGUGUUGGGUGCGCACACAUGCCACCAGUGCCCCCAAAGGCGAAACUGAGUUACGCACCCAGAAGAGACGGCAUCCAGGCCUCGAAACCAGGAGUCAACUCCCGGCUCUUCGUAGACAGGCCUGACUUCUUUGAUUACCCAGACUCAGACCAAGCUAGCCUUUCUGCUGUGGCCCAGUUUAUUGGAGAGAAACCUGUGACCUUUGUUAAGACAGGUUCUGGCCCUGGGCUCUUCCAGCACAUCCUAGUGGGCGCAUUGGUGGUGGCUUUUUUCCUCUUCCUUUUCCAGUUCUGCAUGCACGUGAGCUUCCAGAAAGGAGCCUAAGGAGCCGGACAGGAGCCCUGGACCCUGCUGUGUGCCACACAUCUACCACGUCUUCUGUUGAGAAAAAAACGCGGUGCCUGCGUCCUUCCUGACUGCAUAGUGGCCCUCAAUGUGGCCAUCCACCCCCUACCACCUCCUCCUUCCUUGACUGCCCAGUGACCCUCUUAUGUGUGGCCAUUCACACCUCCCCUUCCUCCUAGGCUGCCCAGUGAUCCUCUGUGUGGCCAUCCACCCCACACCCCCAUCUCCCCCUUCCUCCCACACUGCUCAGUGGCUCUCUAUGUAAUCAUCCAUCCCCUUACCUCCUCCCUUCCCAGCCCCCAAAAAACUGGACCCAAGGGUCUCACUGGUGUUCACGAAGAUCGUCUUUAUUAGCGGUCUGUAAAAGCACCUCCCAGGGUCUGUGACCCCAGACUGGAGGAAGCCGUGAGAGGUCUGUAGCACCAGGGACAAGCCAGGGCCCGAGGGCAAAAUGUGCAGCCUAACAGAAGGGGUUGGCGCCUGUGCCUGCCCCCAGGGUUGCUCAGCACUGGGAGGGUUGUAGGGGAGCAAUCACCUCCCUCCCCACACCCCAACAAAUUAGAGAUAGGCGAAUAAAU